AUGACGUCCAUGGAAGCAGAAAGUGUCACGACCAUCCUAUGUACUUCAAAACAGACCAGGUUCAACAUUGGCGUGCCCAACUACCGCGAGCUAGAUAUCGAGGGUUUGAGUAUAACAGUGACUUCUGUUGCCUCGUCAAAAGGCAAAGGUAGUAGUAAAGCAGGCAAGGGCAAGGCUCGAAGCGAAGGAACUGAGGUUCUCGAUAAUGCCACCCUCCGCUUGAAAGCCGGCCUGCGAUAUGCACUCGUCGGACGAAAUGGAUCAGGAAAAUCAACAUUACUGAAAGCCAUUGCGCAGAAGUUGAUCCCCGGCAUACCGGAGGAGACACGCAUCGUAAUCUUACAACAAACCGACGCAGGCGACGUCAACACGGAUGCGGAUCCAGACCGACCCUUCUCGCACCCGUCAGCUGCGGGCGACCGGAGUGUGCUAGAAGAAGUCAUCGAGCGCGCCACGGCUAGACAUGAAGCACAACGGGAACUAGACGAUCUAUCACAGGGCGUGGAGAGCACGAACUCGUUCGCCGCCAUCCGAAGUCUACGGAGAAUCCGUCGCGAGCGCCUGCAAAAGGAUCUAUUUCUAAAAGCCAAGGACGCGAAACUCCGAAGCGGAGCGCGAGGUAUGCAGGCGCGGAAAGCCCUGAUAGCAACCGAAAAGACAGUCGCCGAGUUCGACACGAUAUACGCACAAAAGGACGAUGAGAUAUCCCCCGAGACGCUCGCCAAGGAGACGAGCGAGGCAGCCGAACUGCUCGCGGACCUGCAGCUCCAGGUCGAGCCGUCCAAGAUGGCCGAGAUCGAGGCGCGGGCGAAGAAGCUACUGACGGGUCUCGGCUUCUCCGAGAGCACCAUGGCAAAGCCAGUGUCGAGCUUAUCCGGCGGGUGGCGCAUGCGGACAGCAUUAGCAUCCGCGCUGCUCCAGGAUACGGAUAUUCUGAUCCUCGACGAGCCGACGAAUUUCCUGGACCUGCUGGGCAUUCUGUGGUUGCAGCGGUAUCUGACGACGACGCUCGGGGAGUCGGCCGAUGCGCCGACGCUCAUCCUCGUGUCGCACGACCGCGACUUCAUCUCGCUGUGCACUGACCUUCUCAUCCUCAAGGCGAAAGGGAUCACGUACUUCCACGGCGACCUGCCGACGUAUGAAGAGGCGCAGGGGGAGAAGAAGAUCUACCUGACCAAGAUGAAGGAAGCUAAAGACAAGCAGAAAGAUCAUAUCCAGCAAACCAUACAGAAGAACAUGCGCGAAGGCAAAGCCAAAGACGACCAGAACAAGAUCCGACAAGCCAAGUCUCGCCAGAAGAAACUCGACGACCGCUGGGGCCUCGAAGUGAGCGCCAAAGGCGGCCGGUUCAAGCUGAACCGCGACCUCGUGGGUUACCAUCUGACAAGCCGCGCCGAGAUCGAGAUACCGCAAGACGAGAGGCCCGUGCAAUUCGUUCUGCCCGAGCCGCCAGACCUGCGAUUUCCAGGCGCAUUAAUUUCACUAGACAAGACAUCCUUCCGUUACCCCAGAGACGCGAGGUCGAAGACCAUCCCGCCCCUGGUGUUGCAGGACGUCACGCUUUCCGUCCACAUGGGCGACCGCAUCGGGAUCGUGGGGUUGAACGGUGGCGGCAAGUCCACGCUCAUCAAGUUGCUCGUGGGCGAGACCAAGCCUACCUCGGGGACCCUCGCCACACACCCGCGGGUGAAGAUAGGGUAUUACUCCCAACAUGCUGUGGAGAAACUCCAGGAGAUAGGCGUCUCGGAGCCGGAUCUAACGGCCCUCGCGCUAUUGUCCAAGGAGAUGGCAACUCCUGAGCAGGACGAAGGCCGUGUGCGUGCUCUACUGAGCUCCAUUGGUCUAUCCGGACGAGUCGUCUCCGACGUUCCCAUUCGCAAAUUGUCAGGUGGACAGCUAGUGCGGCUUGAAAUGGCCCGCAUACUAUGGACAAGCCCGCACUGCCUGAUCCUCGACGAAGCAACGACACACCUGGACUACGAGACAGUGACCGCCAUGCGCGAGGCCCUGCGCGUCUGGCCGGGCGCCGUCGUAGUCGUCAGCCACGACCGGUGGUUCGUGCGCGGCGUCGUCGAGGGCCACGUGGACGACGAUGAUCAUCUCUCCGACGACGACGAAGAGGAAGAGACCCCCAGGCGGAGGAUAGUCUACCGUCUGCGAGCCGGACAGAUGAGCGCGCUGAGCGGUGGCGUCCAGCAGUUUGAGACCAGCUUGGAGAAGAGAGUCGCCAAGCUGAUGGACUCGUGA